AUGUCGCCUUCUUGGGGGACUCAGCUGCAGCACAAACACCACACACAGAGGGCUGAUGAGCUCCGCCAACAGCUCCAGCAGCAGCAGCAGCAGCAGCAGCAGCAGCAGCAACAGCAGCAGCUGCAGCAACUGCUGGAUAAGGCUGAUGCAGCGGCUGCAGAAGCAGCACAGAAAAUGCAGGAAGCAGUCGAACAGUCUAAACAACAGCAGCAGCAGCAGCAGCAGCAACAGCAGCAGCAGGUGGAGGAGCAGCAGCAGGAGCUGCAGCAAGAAGGAGCAGAAGCAGCAGCAACUGCUACAGGUGAAUGUCUUCUAGACUUGCUGUGGCUGCUGGUCACUGCAGCAGAAGCAGCAACAAAGCGGCUGCAGUCCUUCGCGCUGCGCGUGCUGAUGAAGUUGCUGCUGAUGGGUCUUGUUCUUCAGCAGAAGCAGCAGCAACAGCAGCAGCAGCAGCAACUGCAGCAAGAACAGCAGCAGCAAGAACAGCAGCAACAGCAGGCCGUGUUAGCUUCAAGGCUAGAAGUGCUGCUCGAGGCCCUCUACCUGCAGCCUGUGCUGCAGCACCAAUACAGAGAGCACGCAAAAUAUAUAAUGUCACCAACCCUCGUCGGUCUUUCAGCUGAAGACAAGAGCAGCAUCGCCUGCUGUUUGUCUCUCUGUCUGUCCCCUGCUUUGCCUGGGGGCCCCCAGGGGCCCCGUGCUACUGCGCUGGGGGCCCUAGCUGCUGCUACGCAGAGGCUGCUGCGGCGGGGGCUUCGGGGGGUGUUCGAGCUGCAGCAGCUGCAGCAGCAGCUGCAGCAGCAGCUGCAACGCAGCAAACGCGGUGAAGAUACUGUAUCUGAGCAGGUUGCGGAUGCUGCAGCAGCAGCAGUAGCAGCAGCAGGAAGGCCAGAGGAUUUAGAGCGGCUGGCAGCAGCAGCAGCAGCUGCUGCUGCUGCUGCACCCCGAGCAGCAGAAAUGAGAGAUGCAAUACCUUCGCUGCCGCAGCUGCUGCGCGGGCUGCGUAAGCUGCUGCAGUUUUGUUUUGUGUCGCUGCAGCAGCUAGCAAUAGCAGAAGCAGCAGAAGAGCAAAAGAAAGAUAAAAACGAACCACCAGAAGACCAAUGGUCAUGUGCUGCAUUCGUAGAAACACUGUUCCUGCUGCUGCUGCAGACAGAAGAGCUGCUGCAGCCGCUGCUGCUGCUGCAGCAAAACACAAAAUUCCUUGAUUUAAUACCAGCCGUCAUCGGGAUGUGGAUAGACCCUCCAGCAGCAACAGCAGCAGCAGCAGCAGCAGCAGCAGCAGCAGCAGCAGCAGCAGGGAAUGCCACAGAGUCGAGAGAGAGCAGUGCGGCUACCAGCCAGACGCACCUGCAGCAGCAGCAGCAGCAGCAGCAGCAGCAGCAGCAGCAGCAGUCUUUGUUUGAGGUGUACAGAAAGGCCAGCCCGGAGACAGCCGAAUCUCUCUUGCUUGUAGCACAGCGCAUUCUCAGAAAUGUUGUUGAGCUGAUUCGGGGGGCCCCGGGGCCCCUGGUGUCUAAGCGUUUGGCUCUGAAGGCGAUGGAGGGAGCUUUGCAGCGCGUCACUGCUGCUGCUGCUGCUGCUGCUGCUGCUGCUUCUGCUGCUGCUGCUGCUGCUGCUGCUGCAGGCAGCGGUGGCGGCGUUGUAAAGACCGAACCCUCAGCUGCUGCUGCUGCUGCAGCAGCAACAGACAGCAGCAAACAUAGGAGGGCUGAAGCACUGCAUGCGUCCCUCAAAGAAGCUAACGGGGCUGUCUUGCUGCAGCUGCAGGAGCAGCAGCAGAUCUCACCGGGGUCUGCCUUUGUGACAUUCCCUUUGGUGCUGCUCGAGGCGCAGCAGCGGCUGCUGCUGCAGCAGAAGGAGCUGCAGCGACAAGAGGAUAUGCUGCAGCGGGAGGAGCAGCAGCAGCAGCAGCAGCAGCAAGGCAACCUGCGGCGCUCCGGCAGACUACAAAACUCAGCCUCCAGCCCCAGAGAGGCUCGCCGCAGUCGUGCGCUCCGGCAGACUACAAAACUCAGCCUCCAGCCCCAGAGAGGCUCGCCGCAGUCCAGCAACAGCAACAGCAGCAGCAAGAACAGCAGCAAGCGGCCGUCAGCGAACGGCUCUUCAGAGGAGUUCGAGUCCGCGAAGUCCUCAGAGCGCAGCCCAUCGGCUUAA